GCACGUCCCGCUCUACUGCAGCUCACCGGCCUGCGCAUGCGCUGUCUGCUCCUGCUCCUCGUCUCGGCGGCGGCGGGCUGCGCCGCCGCCAGCUACCUGUGCUGCCCCGGCGGCGGCGGCCUGCCCGGGGGCCGCACGUGCGACGACGGCUCGCCGCUCAACCUGGACAACUGCUCGACCGCCUACUUCCUGGACGCCGCCGCCGAGGCCGAGCCGCUUGCAGUCGGAGACGACGGACACCUCUUCUUCAUCGUCUCCGGCAUAAGGAUCGACGAACCCCCUGGCAAGUUCUGCGUGACGGAGAUGUGGCCCAACCGCAGCGUGGCGGGCGCGGUGGUGUGCUUCCCCGACGAGGAGGACGUCGGGCGGACGCCGGGCGCCGUGGUGUCGGCGUACGGCGUGCUGCUGCAGGUGUCGGUCGCCUUCCUGCUGGCCACGCUCGCCAUCUACCUGUGGCUGCCGCCGCUGCGCGAUCGCGACGGGCUCUGCCUCAGCGGCUACAUGGGCUCGCUCGCCCUGGGCAGCUUCGGGCUCGGCCUGCUGCAGCUCACCAGCCACGUCAUCGGCGACGUCCAGUGCGUCUUCAUGGCUUUCUUCACGUACUACUGGCUGUUGGCGGCUUUCUUCUGGCUAAACAUCGUCGCCUUUAACGUCUGGCUGGGUGUGACGCGGAGACAGGUGCGCCUGGGCGGGCGCGCUCUGGUGGCGGCGCUGCUGUGCUACGGCUGGGGGUCGCCGCUGGUGUUCCUGUGCGCCGCGCUGGUCGCGCACCACGCGCCGCCGCACCACCACCUGCUGGCGCCCGGCUUCGGCGAGCGCCGCUGCUGGUUCACCACGCAGCACCAGUCGUGGUCCUACUUCUUCGGCCCGGUGGCUGUGCUGCUCGCCGUCAACAUGGUGCUCUUCCUGUGGGCUGCCGUCGUGCUCUGCAGGACGGAGCCGUCCACGGCCACUUCGCGGCCGCACAAGACGCUGCGCUACAGAUGCCAGCUGUACACAAAGCUGUCACUCAUCAUGGGUGUCACGUGGCUGUUGGAGGUCAUCUCAUUUGCCACUGGGACUGAUGGAUUCACAUGGUUGGUGGCAGAUGUGCUGAACUGCCUGCAGGGCGUGCUCAUCUUCCUGUUAGUGGUGGUGUUCCGGCGACGCGUACGGCGUCUUCUGCUGGCCCACUGCCCUCCUGCCCAGCGCUGCUUCGGCAUCCAACCCAGCCCACUGUCCCAGGCAGAGUUACCCUUGGAGGAUGAGGAGGACUGCGACGACACUGAUGUUGCCUCUGAUGAUGCCAAUGAAUUCAAAGCUGCCCACGUCCGCACCAACGGUCACAGCAAGUGAUGCUCUAGUUAAGUCCCAAUGGAAUUUAGUAAGGAUGCGCGGCUGUUACAAGAAUUAUUGGAGACCUGUACGACCUACACAUUCGGUUUAUGAGAGAACGUGGGGGGCAAAGUGAGCUUCUACACAACACUCUGGUACCUGCUGGUCGUCUGUCAUCACUGAAUCUCUGUAAAACUCUCAUGACUGGUGCUGUGUCAGUGCCUAUUUCUUUAUCAGAGACAAGAACGGCAUGAAAUUUGUGUAUUGAACUGUUGCAACAAGUUGCUUUCAUCCUUCCUGAGAAUAAUCUGUGUGCUAAGAGUAUUUGUGCAAAUAUAUCUGGUGGUAGGAAUUUUGCCUUCUUAAUGAUGCAGGUGUGAUUAAUUUAUUCAUACAAGUUCUGUAAAUGCUGCUUCAAAGAACUUAAAGGAAUGUGUAAUGAGUCACAGGAUAUAUCAACAGAUGGCAGCAGCCACUGCAGGCUGCUUCUUUAAAAUAUACUAACAAAGAAUAUGGCUAUUGCUAAUAUCCAAUGGGGUAUGUUGCUGCCACACAAAAUUUAUAACAAAAAUCCAGACCUUUAAAGUGUUGUGCACAAGCAAUAAAAAAAUAUUCCAAGUAUUUUAUGUACAGGUUAUAGUAAUCCUCUCAUUUUACACCAAUUUUGCAUGUCAUCACAAUAAAAAUAUAAUUUGAAAGAUUUAUUCCUGAUAUGUAGUGACAAUUCAAAUUUUAAUGAUCAUCCACAUAUGCAACCAUGCAAUUUACUUAGCCUUUAUUGGAAAUAAAUAUUCCUAUGGGUCUAAUUUUGUAUUGGAAUGUGGAUUUGGUGAGUUUUGCAAUGAAUCUGUGGGAAGUUGAGGUGUCUUGUAUUCCUUCGACACACUGCUAAUGUAGUAUAAAUAUGUCAUUGAUGUUAUGAUUUUCUCUGUACGUACAGAUCAACUGAAAAUCUGGUAAUUAGUGAUUUUCCUUUGUAUCAAAGAUGAGUUAACUGUUACUUAAUCUGUUUUUUGGGCCUUUCAGAAUUAAAUAUGCAACCUAUUUAUCUAUUUAUGUGUUUUGGAUAAAGUUUAAAAAGUGACAGCAGCAUAUUUUUACAAAUUAAAAAUCAAAUAACACUUCUGGCCCAAUUGGUAUUACCAGAUGGUUUGUCUGUACCAGUACAUCUUUUUUUCUUUUUACAUAAUAUGAAAUGUCAUUUGUCAGAGGCUGACCAAUGUGUUUUACCUUUAGUUAAAAAUAGCACUAAGUUGAAAAGUAUCCAAAGUGAAAAAGUCGUCACUGGAGACACAAAAGUAUUAAUUUCCCAUAACAGGUCUCUCAAAGGGAUUUUUUAGCCUCUUAAAAAUGAUACAUUGUGAAACAAGUCAACAAGUAAAAAGUUUUAAAUAUAUUUUAUACACAAAGCUGAACAAUUCUGCAUUUUUGUGUUCAGAGGUACUCAAGCUGCAGAUAGCACCAGCUUGGUGCAGUUUUGCUGAUAAGGUCAGGAUGUAUACAGUGUAAAGAAAAAAAAGCAUCAAAUCUGGACAACCUGUAGCAAAUAACAGAAUUUAAAGUACAAAGCAACUAGGGAUUAUUUUGUUGGGAGUUUUCUGUUGUGUGUGACACAUGUGAACACUGCAUAUGGAAAAAAUAUUAUGUACCACAGAAUGGGAAAGAAAGAACACCAUGCAGAGGAAAAAACAUGGUUGAGUAUCACAUUUAUUGAAUAGUAUAAAGAGGAAAAUAACAUAUAAAUAAUGAGUCUCAUUCAUUAAAUUACUUUUUGAUGCAACCAUAUUCUGCCACACAAACACUUCAGUGUUGUGUAGUUUCACUGAUAGCUUUUACAGAGAAUAUAAUGAAAUUUACAUGAGGGAUCUAAAAUAUGUCUUUAGAAUAAGAGUCUCACGAUAUACAGCUGAAGCAUAGGAAUGCAGUUAGUCAGUUUAUAUUGUCAGUAACCACUGCAUUUUCUUAAUUAUCAUUUAUUAAUUUCCAGACAGUCAUCUUAAUUGAUGCAUUUAAGACAUUAAGAUUCACACAAAGGAAAAGUAAAGGCAUGUCAAACUGUUGUGUUUAUAAAGAACAUGCUCCCUUAAUUUGCUUGCACAAUUGUGAAAAGUGGCUGGGUGUAACUAAUUCUUACCAAAACAGACAAUUUGAGCUUACAGCUUGUUAAAUUCUAUUAGCAAGGACAGUACUAAACGUAACUGUGUAAAUAUAUGGUACUCAGAUUUUAAGUGGCUGAUUAUUUACCUGACUGUGUAUUAAAAGUGAAGUCCUUCUUAUGAUUAUGUCCAAAAAGGGCUAAAGAAACGUAAACUUGAUUUGGAUGACUGUGGAAUCACUCCAAUUGAUAAGCAGGUAGUCAACAAAUAUGUUAUGCCAGUGACACACAACAUUCAACAUACAGCAGAUGUAUAAAAUGUUCACAAACUUCAACUGCUGAAUGUAUGGUACAACCUCUUGAGAUUACUUGCAGAUAAAUGCAUCUACAUAUGUAGAUUUAUAUAUACCAUGUAAAAUAAUAUUGUAACAUAAAUACUCACAUAUGAACAUGUAGUUGAUAUGUAUUUCAAAAAUAAAACUUUAAUUUUCAUUAUUGA